CCCUCCCCGCAGCCCUCCUCCCUCCCCACAGCCCUCCUCCCUCCCUGCAAAAGUCCUCCCUCCCUGCAGCCCUUCUCCUCCCUCCCUCUGCCCCCCUGCCCUAGGCUCCAGACAAGAUGGGCUCAGGCUACCUUGCCCCGGGACACCUUGAGGAGGGGCUGGGCGGCCCUGGUCUAAGUGGUGGGCCCUGCCCGGCAGCUGGCCCAGAGGGGAGCUGCACCCAUCCCACAGUCACCGCCCAGACACCCUCCUGCCAGGCCCCUCACCCCAGUGCUUCCCUUGCGUGGUCCCAGCCAGGUGCAGCAACCCCUGCAGCCCACCCCUUUAGGGACCUCCCACCUCAGCUGCCUCCAUCAUCAGAGUUAGGGCCACUGGGGUGCUGCCUCCUGUUCCCAUGGGACUGUGAUGGCCCCGAAGAACCCCACAGCGGCUGCACGAGCUCUGGGCUCAGUAUGGCCGAUGUCCCCGCUUUGAUUAAGUACUAUGGAGACCCUGGGUCCGAUGCCACAGCAGCCCCAGCCGGGGACUCAGCUCCAGCUCAGCAGCCCCAGUCCCCCUGCCCUGGCCUGCGAGGGUCCCUGGCCACCUGCCUGGCUUCUCCAGGCCCCAUCCCCAGGGCCUCCCUUCUUCCACCCAAUGUGCUCCCCUCCCCAGUGACCACAAUUCUAGUGACGCCAUCCCCGUGCCCCACUCGACUCCCCAUGCCCCCGACUGCCACAGGACCCCAUGGUUCCUGCCAGUGGCCAUCCUGAGUCCAGCAGGCCUCAGCCCCGGCCAACCACGCCCUCGUGCCCCAGGCACGCGGCCACAGUGCCCACCCUGUCUCUCCACACCUCACUCCUGUGGUGAGCCAUGCCCUCGACAAGCACAACUGGGGGGCUGGGACCUCCAGGGAGCCGAGGAGCUGAGGAAGCUCUCCAGGGGAGGCCAUAGCUCUGUGGGCUCCGAGUGCAGUGGCCAUGGGUGGCCGGGGCACGGCCAGGCCUGACAGGGAACCUGCCCCUCGGUCUCCCUCCCCAGCCAGCGCCUGCUGCCCCGGAGGUCCUCUGAAGUGCAGGACAGUGCGGAGAUGGCCGCUGGCGUGAUCCGGCCCCUGUGCGACUUCCAGCUGCCCCUGUCGCGCCACCACCCCUUGCCCCCCUCAGAUCCGGAGCCCCCCGAGACUUCGGAGGAGGAUGAGGAUGAGGAGGAGGAGCUGGAGGGUGAGGGGCUGGGGGGCCGCAGCCCGAUCCUCCCGAGCUCAGGCCGGGCAGAGGCCCCCCCAGAGGCAGCCCCUCGGGGUCCCGGCAGCCCCGAGACACCGCUGCAGCUGCUGCGUUUCUCACAGCUCAUCAGCGACGACAUCCAGCGGUACUUUGGCCGCAAGGACAAGGGGCUGGACCCAGAUGCCUGUGACAUCUACGCCGACGGCCGGCCGGCCGGUGUCACUGCCCGGGAGCUCUACUACGCAGACCUGGUGUGCCUGGCCCGCGGCGGGGCCCUGGAGGACGAGGACACCCCGGAGCCCAGGGUCCCUCAGGGGCAGGUGCACAGGCCAGGCCUCAGCGGGGACAGGGCGCAGCCCCUGGGACCCCUGGCCGAGCUCUUCGACUACGGGUUGCGGCGGUACUGGGGGCCCAGGGCGGCAGCCAGCUGGAGCCUGAGGCUGGAGCGGAAGUACGGCCAUAUCACCCCCAUGGCACAGAGGAAGCUGCCCGCGUCCUUCUGGAAGGAGCCGACCCCCAGCCCCCUGGGCCUGCUGCACCCUGGCACACCGGACUUCAGCGACCUGCUGGCCAGCUGGUCAGCCGAGGGCUGUCCUGAGCUGCCUGGUGGGGGAACCCCAGCCCUGGAAGGGGCACAGGCGGCUGAGGCCUAGUGAGGGGUCGGGGUCGGAGUCAGCUGGCUGCAGCGGGGCCGCCCUCUAAGGCAAAAGACUCUCCUCCCGUCCUCCUGGGAAGAGCCUCUUCCAUCCCUCUUGGCCACCACAGGGCAAACCCAGACGCCACCAGGGCUGGGCUGCGGUGGGAGCAGCAAGGGUGGUCCCAGACCUGGCCAUGCCCUGGCCUUCAGCCCCAGCAGAGCCCCUGGAGGGGCAUAGGGACCCCUAGAGCCAUGCCCACAGAAGGAGACUUGGAUUCAGGGGGUUCCACCCACCAGCGGCCCCCAGGGGAGGCUGAGGGGCCAGCCCCAGAGAUCCCGGGAUCUCACCCCUCCCACCGCAGGCCCUGGGGAGGCUGUCCCCCGCAGGCAUCAGGGAACCUCAGCUCUAACGAGAACAAGGCCAGCACUUUUACUUCUGCAUUAAGUGCGAGGGUGAGAGCUGCUGCCCCUGCUCCCGGCUGUGGGGCUUCUCUGGGACCCUCCUGGCCUCUGACGGGACCGGAGCUUUGUGAGAGACACCUUCCACUGCAGCCACCUGUCCAGAGAUGUGGCACGUGGCCCCUGCACCCCACCGCACUCCCCGUGGGCGCCCCCAACCCCGAACCCUGACCCAAAGGUGCAGGAGGCCGCUCAGGAAUCCCUGCUGCCCACCUCAUGGCCUGGUACACGCCCCAGCAGUUCACAGGUGCCACCUCGCCGGGUGCUACGUCCUUGAUGAAGACCCGCUGCCUUGCCAGGGACGGGAACGCCUUGCGGCUGCCCAGUGGCACCUGAGGGCCCUCCUCACUCCACAGCCGAAGCAUGGUCUCCCGCAGGGCAGCCAUCUCCUGCGUGCGCUGCGGGACGGGGAUGCCAGCGUCACCCAGGAGCCGGACCCCCGGGCAGGGGAUGGCAAACGGGGGGCUUAUCUCCCAGGAGCCCAGAAGCCAUUGUCUUCAAGGAAACACUGCCCGGUGCCAGACGCUCAGACAGACAGAUGUGGGUGUCUGCCGUGGGGCAGGCAGCAGGGCUGAGGGAGCGGGUGGGUGCCGGGUGGCGGCAGCCCAGGGCCUCCUCACCAGCCGGGCCUCGCUGUUGAACUUGAGGUUCUGGAUGGUCUUGUUGGCCUGGA